CGUCAGUUGACGUUCCGGGAGAAGUCGAGGAUCAUCCAGGAGGUGGAGGAGAACCCGGACCUGCGCAAGGGCGAGAUCGCGCGGCGCUUCAACAUCCCGCCGUCCACGCUGAGCACCAUCCUGAAGAACAAGCGCGCCAUCCUGGCGUCGGAGCGCAAGUACGGUGUGGCCUCCACCUGCCGCAAGACCAACAAGCUGUCCCCCUAUGACAAGCUCGAGGGCUUGCUCAUCGCCUGGUUCCAGCAGAUCCGUGCCGCGGGCCUUCCCGUCAAGGGCAUCAUUCUCAAGGAGAAGGCGCUGCGGAUAGCCGAGGAGCUGGGCAUGGACGACUUCACUGCCUCCAACGGCUGGCUGGACCGUUUCCGCCGGCGCCACGGCGUGGUGUCCUGCAGCGGCGUGACGCGAGCCAGGGGCCGAAACUCUACCCCCCGGACCCCAGCGGCACCUGCGAGUCCGGCUGCUGUGCCCCCCGAAGGCAGCGGUGGGAGCGCGCCUACUUGGCGCGCGCGCGAGGAGCAGCCGCCGUCGGUGGCCGAGGGCUACGCCUCUCAGGACGUAUUCAGCGCCACCGAGACCAGUCUGUGGUACGACUUUCUGCCUGAUCAGGCCGCGGGGCUCUGCGGAAGUGAUGGAAGGGCGCGCCAAGCCACCCAGCGCCUGAGCGUCUUGCUGUGUGCCAACGCCGACGGCAGCGAAAAGCUGCCCCCGUUGGUAGCCGGCAAGUCGGCCAAGCCCCGUGCAGGACAAGGCGGCUUACCCUGUGACUACACUGCCAACUCGAAGGGAGGUGUCACCACCCAGGCCCUGGCCAAGUACUUAAAGGCUCUGGACACCCGAAUGGCAGCAGAGUCCCGCCGGGUCUUGCUGCUGGCCGGCCGCCUGGCUGCCCAGUCCCUGGACACCUCAGGUCUACGGCAUGUGCAGCUGGCCUUCUUUCCUCCAGGCACUGUGCAUCCGUUGGAGCGGGGAGUGGUUCAACAGGUGAAAGGCCACUACCGCCAGGCUAUGCUGCUCAAGGCCAUGGCAGCACUGGAGGGCCAGGAUCGCUCAGGCCUGCAGCUAGGCCUCAUGGAGGCUCUGCACUUCGUGGCGGCUGCCUGGCAGGCAGUGGAGCCUUCCGACAUAGCCACCUGCUUUCGGGAGGCCGGCUUUGGGGGUGGCCCCAAUGCAACCAUCACCACCUCCCUUAAGAGUGAGGGAGAAGAAGAAGAGGAGGAGGAGGAGGAAGAGGAGGAAGAAGAGGAGGAGGAGGGUGAAGGGGAGGAGGAGGAAGAAGAAGAAGGGGAGGAGGAGGAAGGAGGGGAAGGAGAGGAGUUGGGGGAGGAAGAAGAGGUUGAGGAGGAGGGUGAUGCUGAUGAUAGUGAUGAAGAGGAGGAGGAAGAGGAAGAGGAGGAGGAGGAGGAGAGCUCCUCUGAGGGCUUGGAGGCCGAGGACUGGGCCCAGGGAGUAGUUGAGGCUGGUGGCAGCUUCGGGGGUUACAGUGCCCAGGAGGAGGCCCAGUGCCCUACCCUCCAUUUCCUGGAAGGUGGGGAGGACUCUGAGUCAGACAGUGAGGAAGAGGAAGAAGAAGAUGAAGAGGAGGAAGAUGAUGAGGAUGAGGAUGAGGAUGAUGGCGACGAGGUGCCUGUGCCCAGCUUCGGGGAGGCCAUGGCUUACUUCGCCAUGGUCAAGAGGUACCUGACCUCCUUCCCCAUUGAUGACCGUGUACAGAGCCACAUUCUCCAUCUGGAACACGAUCUGGUCCAUGUAACCAGGAAGAACCACGCCAGGCAGGCAGGGGUUCGGGGUCUUGGACAUCAGAGCUGAGCCUCUGAGCAUAGCUGCACCUGUGACCCAGAUGGGUAGUACCAGCCCAGGGCAGAGAACGUUCUGGGAUGGAACCAGGUGGGGGAUCCCCAGGGCCUUUACUCAUGCUUCCCCUGGCCUUGACACAGGCACAGGGGCUGAGGUUUGCCUUGCUGCCUGCUUAUUGCCUCUUUCUCAGAGUCCUCUUUUUCUCCCCAUUUGCCCCUAGGCUCAGGGGACCAGGUGGGGUGGGUGGGGAGCUGUCUGGUGCUACCACACCAUGCCCUCAGUGGACUAGACCACGGCAGCAGCCAGGGAUGGCCCUGGAAGCUCCCGGCCGGAGAGUGCCUCUCCCCCUGCCGUCCACAGCCAGGUCUUUGGUGGGGGGACCCCAAAGCCAUUCUGGGAAGGGCUUCAGAGUAAGGUCCAGCCUAGGCCCCCACAAGGCUGGCAGCCUCCCACCCCACUCCAGGCCACCUCGAGAAGCACAGUCUAACUCAGGGUGGGUUUCUGAGCCCACCUCUGCCUGCUUUCCACCUCCCGAGUCCCUUUCUCUGGCCCACCUGUGUGAUUUUGGCCCUUGGUUUUCUUUCCAGAUUGGAGGUUUCCAAGAGGCCCUCCAUGGGAGUGACAGUGGUGCCUCCCUCAUGGGCAGCUGCAGGCCCUGUGCCUCUCAUCCCUCUCUGGCAGGGCCCCAUCCUGGGCAGAGGGGCCUGGGGCUGGGCACAGAGUCCGGCCGUCCAGCUGCUCCUUUCCCAGUUUGAAUUCAAUAAAUCUGUCCACUCCCCUUUUGUGGGAGUGAACGUUUUAACAGCCAA